GAAAAAUGUUCCAUAAGUACAUUUGACAAAUGAUGUUUGGCAACUUUUGGCGGGAAGAUAUAGAAACUCCUUAUUUGGGUAAGUUAAUUUAAUUUAUUUUCUAUUAUUAUAUUUUCUUUCUCUUUUUUCUUCUGUGUAGAGUGAAGAAAAGAAAAAGAAAAACUGUGAGCGAAAAUGGAGAACCCUAACAGAGCAAGGAUCGAAGACGACAUGCUUCUCACUAUGUUUGAUCCCUUUGAUGCUUCUAAGGAUGCUACUCAAGAUACAAUUGACGAACGACUUGCUUUUUUGGAUGCUGUUCAUGCUUCUUCGAUUGGGCUUGAAUGUGGAAAACCACCGUCUUCAAAAAUACUUGGGGCAGUCUUCCAUAUGCUGAGGACUGAGAAAUCAUUACAGUUGAUUGUGGCAAGUUAUAAGCUUCUGGUUGAUUUGGAAAAGCACUUCCCUCGAGCGUAUUUAUCCGGCAAGGAUGAUUCCCUAUCAUCGUCUAACUCUCCACCAAAAUUGGUUGUAGCUGAAGAGGCAUGGUCUCCUCUUAUUAUUGGUUUGGAUAAUGCUGCUGGUGUUGGUGGAGCAAGUGACAAACAGUCCGGUGGACCUCUCGACCCCUCUAGCUUUCAUCUCCUGAUUGAAGAGCUCGCUAAAACUUUAGCUGAUUCCAACAUUAAAGCAACAAGCAUGAAGUACCUGCAGAGCUUGUUACUCUUUCAAUAUCUCGUCAUUGUGCUUGAAGGCGAUUUUCUUCCUCGUAAUGCCACCAUGAACUGGAGCUUGCAAAGGGAGUCUUUGCUCAACAUGUUACUGGGAUCUAGGAAAAUGAACUAUAAAAGCUUGAUGAAAUAUUGUAUGGAAGUUAUCUGUCUACUAUGUCAACUUCUUGAAAAUGAUCUUAGUAAAAAUGUAGAGGUUGAAAAGAGUUCCGAAUCCGAUACUGGCGAUAUUGCAUUAUCUCUUGCUUUACUUGAAGUAUUAAAGAACACGCGUGCCUCUAUAGAGAAACUUUUGGUGAUGAUUAUGGCCCUUGAUAAUUCUAAGAAGAAAGCAGAUAUUGAAGGCAAUACUUCAAGAUCAGAUGGUCCAAGAACACCUUUGGUGGACAUAAUUCUGGAUGAACUGGCUUACUGCAAAGAUAAUAUCCCCCUUUUUCUUAAGGCCUUUAGUGAGCCUAAAUGGAAGCUGGAAAUAGUUGUGCAGUAUCUUUGGAAAUACAUAACUAAGCCUUCUGCUCGCACUCGUCGAUCAAAUGGUGUCAAUGAAGAUACAACAUUUGAUGGAGCUUUGAAAUGCUUUUCAAAUAACACUGGAACUAAGAGCAUAAUAAAGAAAAUCGGUGCAGAUGUAGUUCAGUUGCUUUUGGCUCAUGGUUUUCAGGCUCAAUUGUCAAUAUUGUCAGAAAGAAAUACAAAUGACAACAUUGGUGGAGACAGAAACGAAGGGGCCAGUGCUCUUGUAGAUUUGUGCGAGGCGUUUAUAUCUGCUUUUGACAGUUUGAUAAGCACAGAUGGGGAUUUGGAGAUACUGUCCAUUGGGAAAGAGGCACUAUUUACUGCAGCAACUGUUAUCUCCAUAAAGUCAUAGGAGCGUAAAUAACAGCACUGAAUUUCGCAUUGACUUUAUUAGCUUUAUUACUCAUUCUUCUUUAAAUGAAUGUGUUCACUUUGAUCAACUCAUUCUUUAUUGGAGUCUGAGGCUUUGUAGGUUAGGUUAAAUGCAAGAAAUACUUUUCCAUAGGGAAAUUUUGUACCUUGUCUCACUGAAUGAUUUAUAAUGGCAAUAUCCCAAACCAGUUUAAGAGUAAGUUACAUGAUUGGAAUAUUACAAUUGAAAAUGAUUUUAGAUCGUA